AUUUUUCUGUUUUAGAUUGAUCUAAAUCGACUAUAAAAAUACCGCUGGGAUAAUAAUUAUGAAGAUUUACAUAAUCUUUUCUUUUGUCAGCAUAAGCUAGAGUCUUCUAGAAGGUCAAGGCAACAAGUAUAUAUAUAUGUCCAUCACUCCCUUGAUAUUAAUUCUCAUUUUUCUAUUUCCAUACUUAUCAUUAGGAUAUAACAAUUACAACAGCAACAACAACAAAAACAAGAACAACAUGAAUGCAAGAAACAUCGCUAAGAUCGUCGUUGGAAGACAACAAGCUGAAGGUGCAGGUGCCACUGUCAGAAGAUCCAUUGGUAUUAUGAACCAACGUAAGUUCAACCCCUUUUUGAUGUUUGAUCACUUCUCCAGCAGUGGAACUAAUGGAUUCCCAGAACAUCCUCAUCGUGGUCAAGAAACCAUCACUUUGAUCUUACAUGGUGCUGUUGCCCAUGAAGAUUUCACUGGAUCCAAGGGUAUUCUUUAUGCUGGUGAUUUACAAUUCAUGACUGCCGGUAGAGGUGUUGUCCAUUCAGAAAUGCCUGUUCCUAACGAUGACGGAUCUCCUACUGUUGGUUUACAAUUAUGGGUUGACUUACCUGAUAAAUUGAAAGAUUCUGAACCAAGAUACAGAGAUUUAAGAGCAUGGGAAAUCCCUGAAGUUACUUCUGAUGAUGGAAAAGUUACUGUCAGAGUCAUUUCCGGUUCCAGUCAUGGUGUCGAAUCUGUUAAGGAUUUAGCCUACACCCCAAUCAAUUACUAUUACUUCCGUGUCAAGGCUGGAGGUGAAUUCAAGCAAGAAUUGCAAAAGGGAUUCAACUACUUCUUAUACGUGUUAAAUGGUGACGACUUGAUUUUAAACAACGACACCAGAGUAAACCAAUUUGAAAAUGUCUUUUUCGAAGAAGAUGGUGAUCAUUUCACUGGUAAGAACCUUGCCACUAAAGAUAGCAAGGAAACUGAAGUUGAAUUUGUCUUGAUUGGUGGUCAGAAAUUGGACCAAGAAGUUGUUCAAUAUGGUCCAUUUGUCGCUAGCAGCACUCAAGGUAUCCAAAAGGCUGUUAUGGAUUACCAAUUUGCCCAAAAUGGGUUUGAAAGAGUCAAGCUGUGGAGAACUUUGAUUAGUGAUGGUGUCACUAAGGAUAUGAUUGAAGGUCCAUUGGAAGGUAAUCUUGAAGCUAGAGAGAAGAUGAAACAACAAUAUUUAGCUAAAAAGGCUGGCUCUCCUCUUAAGGAUGAACUUUAAACAGCUCUUAUCAAUUAUUAGCUAUCCAUUGUUUGACUGUAUUUGCCGUUUGCCUAUUUAUUGAUUUUCUUUUUCUCUAACUUGUUUUUUGUCUUUCACUUAUUUAUUGAUUUUUUUUAUAUAGCUAUCUGUUGUUUUUAUAUAGAAAAUGUUAUUGGUAAAAUUU